ACUAGCGUAGACGAACACAGAACAAAUUUGAAUUGGCUCAAACCGAACAAUUCUUAAAGCUGUUUUCACGCCCAAACGGAGUUUCGUGAUCUGCUAAAGGAAGUCGGAAAGGCCAAUUUGUUCUCGGAACAAACUUUAAGAAUUGUUCGUCAUGUCGAAUAAGGGUAUACCAGCUAACCCAGCUGACGGAACACCGGAGAAGGAUAAGCCUUCCGGCUGUGCUUGCUGUGAUCGCCCGGAAACAUUUGAUAACAUUGUCCAGUGCGAUCAGUGCAACGAGUGGUGGCACAUGACGUGCGCUGAAGUAACUCCUUCGGUGGCUGAGCGUUCGUGGAUUUGCGGACACUGUAUGCCAUUAAGUGUUCUCUCGCGCACGACGACCUCUAGCGCACGGGUGGCCCGAUUAGCGCUGAAGAAGAAGCAGCUGGAAGAGCAGCAAGCUAUGGAGCAACGCCAUCUCGCCGAGAAGUAUAAGCUUCUGGAAGACGAACUGGAUGAGGCGGGCAGCAACCGUAGCAGAAUUAGCAAGGCAAGCAACCGGAGCCGAAUUAGUAAGCGAGCGAGUAUGGAUAAGGUGAAACAAUGGCAGCAAGAGUGUGCUGAACAAUCUGAAGGCGCAUCAGCACUGUUGCCAGAGGAUCAGUCGGCAAACCCGGAAACAUUCUCUGCACCUGCGGAGGUCGUAGUACAUACUCAGCAGAAGUUUAUGGAAGCAAACCCGAAUCAUCAACAUACCGGUGAAGAUCACCAGGCGUCCUGUUUCUACACUCCAACAUUGAACUCAACGAUGAAACCAAAUGACCUAAACCCGAGCCUAGCCAAUCAGGAUCAGCAGCGAAACACCGGCGCGAUCCCUAAAACAGCUCCUAACAAGGCUCCAAAGCAAAAAGAUGUCAACAUGUCAGUGAAUUCCUACAACUACAAUUUAAAAUACUUAUACUUAUACUAAAAAUCCUUAUCACAGUUUGCUAUCACAGAUAGAUAUUGAAAAUUACAAGUUGUAAGUGCAACCAUUCUUUAAAUCUAACCUAAAGCUAAACACAUAUUUUUCAUAGACUAGCGUAGACGAACUAUAGUAGACGAACACAGAACAAAUUUGAAUUGGCUCAAACCGAACAAUUGUAAGUAGUUUACUUGUUUAAUUGUUAGAUCGCACUAAACAAUGAAAUAAAUAUUCCAGCUUAAAGCUGUUUUCACGCCCAAACGGA